CGAUUGUUCUCAAUCCGCCACACACUCUCUCUUUCAACAACUCCAACACGAGCACAAUGAAACAUGCUCUAGUCAUUCUUUAAAAGGGCAACCCCCGCCGCGCUCGUGUUCGUUCCAUCCUGAAACAUUCAUCCCCUAUUCCUUCGCCACUACGGAACAGAGUAUAUUACCACGCCUACAACCCCCCACAUCCACAUUCCGGGCCAGAGCUCCAAGUAAUCCUCAUUCCCUCUCUUCAAAAUGGCCGACGCAACAACCUCCAGCUCUCAAGCUACCCCCGGCGACCCAAACAUCUCCUGGCCAAUCGAGCGUCUCGCACACACCACCGAUUCCGAAUGGCACCCGUCCUUCUCAAACCAGCGCCGCGGCUCAAACGCAAGCUCCAGCUCGAGCUCCUCCUCCCAGCCAGACCUCGAUCGAUCUAACUAUCCCGAUGGCACAAAGUCGCUAUCAGGCAUCUCCCUCCGCGCCUUCUUACUGGGCACCACCCUCGGCGCAACAAGCAUCCUCACAAUCCUCCUAACCACGAUCUCGCCGACCCCGUUCUGGCGCGUACCGUUCUUCGUCGCUGCGCUGAGCCUCUUCCAUUUCCUUGAAUAUUACGUCACGGCGCGGUAUAACACUCGCUAUGCAUCGGUGGGUGCAUUCCUUCUCACCUCGAAUGGAUGGGCAUAUAACGUGGCGCACGGGUCUGCCAUUGUGGAGUGUAUCGUGGCGCAUUUCUUUUGGCCGGAGGCUAGUCGGGUGGGACGGUUGCUCUCGUUCACAGUGCCGGUCUUUGGAACAUCGGUGUCGUUGUUGCUGGUGGUUGGAUUUGUCUUGAUAAUCGUGGGUCAGAUCGUGAGGACGAUGGCUAUGGCUCAGGCCGCGAGUAACUUCAACCAUCAUGUUCAGUCGGAGCACCAGGAGGGUCAUGUCUUGGUCAAGACCGGGUUGUAUGGAUAUCUUCGGCAUCCCAGCUACUUUGGUUUCUUCUGGUGGGGAUUGGGAACGCAGUUGGUACUGGGGAAUGUGGUGUGCUUUGUUGGAUAUACCCUCGUGCUGUGGAGGUUCUUUUCGACUCGUAUUAAGCGAGAAGAAUCGUUUUUGAUCCAAUUCUUCGGCGCUGAAUAUCUUCAGUACCGACAGGAUACCCCGGUUGGUAUCCCCUUGAUUCGCUAAUUAGAGACAACUGCGGCGUCAUUUCGGCCUUGCUACUUGCUCGAAUCUCAUAUAAACAGUUGAAAAAUGAACCUUCUGUAGACAUUC